UCUCCUCUCCUCUCGACUCGUCUCGUUCUCGUCACCCCCUUGUCGCGGAGCAGAGCGAGCAGCGGACCUCUCCAGGGAGCGCGCCGCGGACGGAGGUCAGCGAAGAUGCCCGGGCUCACGGCGCCGUCCGACUACGCGGAGGAGCCGCCGCGUCACCCGGCCCUCAAGAUCAACUCCAAGGAGCCAUUCAACGCUGAGCCUCACCGAUCAGCGCUAGUCGCAUCAUACAUCACCCCAGUGGAUUUCUUCUACAAGAGGAACCAUGGACCCAUCCCUAAAGUCGAGGACCUCUCAAGAUACACUGUUACCAUUUCUGGUCUCAUCAACAAGUCUAUUCAGCUAUCCAUGGGUGACAUUUGGGCUCUUCCAAAGUACAAUGUCACAGCAACUUUACAGUGUGCGGGAAACAGGAGGACUGCGAUGAGUAAUGUACGGAAAGUGAGAGGUGUUGGAUGGGACAUAUCUGCUCUUGGAACUGCAACUUGGGGAGGUGCCAAACUAUCUGAUGUCCUUGAGCUAGUUAGAAUACCAAAACUCAGUUCAGUCACAUCUCUAGGCGGGAAGCACGUUGAGUUUGUUAGCGUUGACAAGUGUAAAGAGGAAAAAGGUGGUCCUUAUAAGGCAUCUAUUCCAUUGAAGCAGGCAACAGAUCCUGAUGCUGAUGUAUUACUUGCAUAUGAAAUGAAUGGAGAGGUACUCAAUCGGGACCAUGGGUACCCACUCCGGGUUGUUGUGCCUGGCGUUAUUGGUGCACGCUCUGUAAAAUGGUUGGACAGUAUCAACAUAAAAGAGGAGGAAUGCCAGGGUUUUUUUGUGCAAAAAGAUUACAAAAUGUUUCCACCAACCGUGGACUGGGACAAUAUUAAUUGGUCAACUAGAAGGCCACAGAUGGAUUUCCCUGUGCAGUCUGCUAUCUGUACACUGGAAGAUGUAGAUGUUAUCAAGGAAGGAAAGGCUAGGAUUGCUGGAUAUGCACUUUCAGGUGGUGGCCGUGGCAUUGAGAGAGUGGAUAUAUCUGUUGAUGGGGGUAAAACAUGGAUUGAGGCUCGUCGAUAUCAGAAAGACAAUGUGGCGUACGUAUCAGAUGGACCUCAAAGUGAUAAGUGGGCUUGGGUUCUCUUUGAGGCUACAUUAGACAUACCAGCAAAUGCUGAGAUCGUAGCUAAGGCGGUGGACUCGGCUGCAAAUGUUCAACCGGAAAAGGUAGAAGACAUAUGGAAUCUGAGAGGAAUCCUCAACACGUCUUGGCAUCGGAUCAAAAUACAGAACUCUUCAGGAAGAUCUAAGCUGUGAAAUUAAGUACGCUGCUGACAACUUGGAGCAAGCAUGGUGCUGACCCUUGCGAGUCUUACCAUUGUACUAAAAUAAUAAGUCAUUUCAACUUUCUGUAUUUCUCGUUUCUUGUCAAAAAAAAAAAAACUUUCUGUGUUUCUCGAGUCAGGCUGUACCACGAAUGUUGGAGUGGUGUUCUAUGGGAUUUGAGCUCACUUGAUUUCUACGUAAUGUCAGCUGCUGCUGUUUUUUUUUAA